AUGGCAACGUACGAGAGAGAACUGGAGGAUCAUCGCGAGGGAGUGUAUAAAGAAGAAGAUAUUGACGGCGAAGAUUACGAGUACUUCCUAUGGAGAAAAUACUUACUCGAAAAGCUGCGAGUAGCCAUGAAAGAGUUGAAAGAGGAAGAAAGAGAAGAAGAUGAGAGCGAUGACAGAGACAUAUCAAUACGAGAUCGUGAGAUCGCCGACAGAACCUACCAGAUACUACAGAACAUCCACGCUACUACUACGGAUCCCCAGCUUCUCGAUCAUAUCCGCGCUAUGGCGGAGGUGGAUAUGGUGGGGGCGGAUUUGGCGGUGGUGGCUUGGGCAGCCUUUUCAGUUUCGGAUAUGGCAGCGGGACUAGCGUCGGUACUCCGAUUGGCAAUAUCGGUGUUUCGAGUGGAUUCGGUCUAG